AUGAUUCCCACCGACCACUCCCCCAGCGGCAGUGGCAGCGAUCAAGCGCCACACAACCAUGCCAACCAUGCGGUGUGCAAUUGCGCCAAUAUCAGGUAUGAUUACUCGCUCGUGGUGCCGGAGAUUCAGGUGUUGCAGGAGCGGGCGGAUGAAUUGUUGGGACAGGUGAAGGCGUUCAAAGGUGAGCAGGAGGAGAUGGGUGGGGUGAUGGUGGGUGAUGGAGGAGAAGGUGGGGAGGGGGUUGUGAGGUAUGCUGAUGUUUUGGUGGGGGAUGAGGAGGGUGCGCAGGUCAAGGAGGGUGUUGAGGCGCGGGGUGACGAGCAGAUGGAGAUCGGAGAUACUGUGGAGGAUGAAAACAUCGAGGCUGGAAUGGGCGGCCAGGUGUCAGUCUCGGCGGGACGUCUGCUCCACCACGGAAGCUUGCAGGAGAAGAUCGAGGCCUACGAGGCUGAGACCAAGAAGGACGUGGGGAACAACGACAAGGCCGUGCGCGAUGCUCUCGAGCGGAAGCUCUCGGACGACAUGGACGAGAUGACCAUUACGAAUGAUCGUCAAUCGCGGCGCAAGACCGACACCUCCGCGCACGGCGACAAGGGCCAGGGUACUGCCUCGACCAACAAGACCGAUGGGAACUCAAUGCCGUCUACCUUCACCGAACACCUCGCCUCGGCGAUCGAGACUGGCGCCGACACGAUUAAGAAAGCCUUCGUGAACGGAAAACUAGUCGUCAUUGGAGACCAGUCCGCUGGAAAAUCGAGUCUAAUGGAGAGCCUGCGCGACAUUCCUACGGCCUUGACUACUCGCCGCGUCCCCACGAUCGAGAGUGAAGCAACCCAAGCACCCUCUGCACCGGAAAACUCGAUCAAAGCCAAGCAGUUCCAGGAGCGCAAGGACAAGUUGUGGCAGAAGCUGGCCGGCUGGUCUCCCGACGUCGUGUCCGACUCCAAAGCAGAGAAGCAGGAGGUCAUCACCGACGAGGUGCUUGCCGCUGACCCCGAGAUCGAUUCCGACGACAUGUACGAUCUCAAGGCGGUCUCCACCAACACCUCAGCUGCUACGGCUUUCAGCACCAUCAGCGAGCACGACUCCGAGGACCACCAGUCCAUGACCUCCGCCGAACUCGAAGUUCCGAUCAUCGAGGAUGAGACCAACCUCAAGUAUUCCGCCUCCACAACCACCCUCACCGACAAGAACCCCGCCACCAUGACGACCAUCACCCACGCCGCACUCCACCCUUUCUCUUCGUCCGCCUCCUUCUACCGCAUCAAUCCGCUGAUGACCUACUCUGUCCCCCUCUCCACCACCGACAAGACCGCCGCCCGCACCGCCAUCACCCGCAUGCGCGCCCUCAUCGACCUCACGCGGGCACACAAGUCGCUGCUGCGUGCGAGUCUCGCGAUGAGGGUGAAGGUCGAUCCGAGAGACAAGAAGACGCUGAAGUUGUUGGAUACGGUCGGCGAGGGCAUCACGAAGAUUCGGGCUGGAUUGGUCGAGGUCGGGGUCAAGUUUCCGAGUAUGAACUGA